CUCUGUAUCAUGGGAAUCUCCACUAGAGGGCGUAAAAAGGACUGUGUGAGGACUAAUACUCUCUGCUGUGACGGGUUUUUAAUGGCCAGUGAUGAGGUUUCAUGUGCUGUGUUUGACAAGACAGGUGAGCUAGAAGGUUGUGUGUCAUGGUCAUGUGACACUGGGCUUAAGUGUGUUUCUAAGCCAGAUGUAUGUGAGCCUCCAUCUGUAGAGGUGCUGGAGGGGCUGUUAAAUUCAGUCCAAAGCUCCUGUAGGCAUGGGGAUGAGGUGUGGCCCAACUUAUACCUGGGAGACAUGUUUAUGUCUCAUGACAAAUAUGGGCUUUGGAGGUUGGGCAUUACUCAUGUCCUGAAUGCAGCCCAUGGGAAAGUGUGUUGUAAAGGCAGUGAUGAUUACUACGGUACCACAGUCAGCUAUUAUGGAGUUCCUGCCAACGACCUACCUUCAUUUGACCUUUCAGCUUUCUUCUACCCUGCUGCUCAGUUCAUCCACCACGCCUUGAUGUCAGGAGGCAAGGUGUUGGUGCACUGUGCUGUAGGAGUGAGUCGCUCUGCCACAUUGGUGCUAGCCUUCCUCAUGAUCCAUCAUCAUUAUCCUCUCCUGGCAGCCGUCCGGCUGGUGCAGCAGAAACGUUGGAUCUUCCCCAACAGGGGAUUCCUAAAGCAGCUCAUUAACCUGGACCGCAUUUUGCAGAGAGAAAGAAAGGACUGAACCCACACAUUUUACAU